GUUCCACAAGUUUUUGUUUGGAAAGAAAUUCACUGUGUAUACCGACCACAAACCGUUGAUAGGCAUAUUUGGUAAAGAAGGCAAGAAUUCGUUGUUCGUGACGCGUCUGCAAAGAUAUGUAAUGGAACUGAACAUAUACGACUUUGACAUUGUUUACAGACCGUCAUCGAAAAUGGGCAAUGCAGAUUUUUGCUCAAGGUUUCCUUUGCCUGAUGAAGUGCCAGUUUCGUUGCAACGGGAGUUUAUCAAGAGUUUGAACGUUUCCGAUGAGUUUCCUUUGGACCAUGUUUUGAUUGCAUCUGAAACAGAGCAAGAUGAGUUUAUUCAAAGAAUCGUUUCCUACAUGAAGCAUGGUUGGCCAAAGAAGUUAGAGCGUAGUUUGUUGGAUGUUUAUGCUCAGCAUCAAGAUCUUGAACUGAUCGAUGGUUGUUUAUUGUACCAGGAUCGUGUGUUUAUUCCUGCUAGUUUACAAAAGCAGAUGUUGAAGUUGUUGCACAGGAAUCAUUCAGGAAUCACCAAGAUUAAGCAAAUGGCAAGGAGGACAGUUUACUGGUAUGGCAUGAACAGUGACAUCGAGAGUUUCGUCAAGUCAUGCAGUGUUUGUUGCCAGUUGAAUGCAGUUACGAAGCCAGUUUCAAAUUCUAGUUGGAUUCCUACUACAAAACCGUUUACACGUAUUCAUGCAGACUUCUUCUACUUCGACAAGAAGGUUUUCCUGGUCAUUGUGGACAGUUUUUCAAAAUGGAUUGAAGUUGAAUACAUGAAGUUUGGAACAGAUGCCAGGAAAGUCAAGACCAAGUUUUUGAACGUUUUCGCAAGGUUUGGGUUACCUGACGUAGUUGUUACGGAUGGCGGACCACCGUUUAGCUCGAAAGAGUUGAUUGAUUUCUUCGAGAAGCAUGGAGUCAAGGUGAUGAAGAGUCCACCGUAUAAUCCAUCGAGCAACGGUCAAGCGGAACGUAUGGUCAGGGUUGUGAAGGAAGGUUUCCGUUGGAGGGAGAGUUUACUCCGCUCAUCGAAAUCAGCUGAAGCUGGUGGGCACCCCAAAGCGCCGAGGUUUGUUCUUGGGGAGGAGCGAGAGGGUCCAGCGAAGAAAGCGUGCUAGAGAGGACGAUGACGAAGACGUUAGGUUAAGCGACGACGAAGACGACUUUUAUGGUUUUCCUUCGGAUUCUUUCAUCUACGGUGACGGGGAUGGUCGUAACGGGGUCACGGGUCGUGGUCCUGAGGCGAGGUUUCGUGUUUCGCGCCGUCGAAGUGAGUCGUCAGUGGACGAUGAUCAGCGAGGGUCGUCGAGU